UUUAUUGUCUCUUAUCCAUCUUCAUCAAAAUCUCCAUUUCUCAGCCUCCCAACGGCAGCAAAAGAAAUCCUUAAUCUCAAUCCUCAAAUAUCACUUUUCCCAUCAGCUAAAAAUCUGUAUUCUUUAAAAGAAAAAUAAAAAUCGAAGGUGAUAUUUAAAUCACUUAUCUCUUCUCCUUUUCCUCCCAAACCAACAAAAAAUUCAAGGGUAUUUUAGUCAGUUUUGUUUUCAUAUCCUACUCAAGGCCAUGUAGCGUAGGACCAAUUACUUCACACGUUUGCUUUCAUCUUCAACAGGUAUAUCUAACAUUACAUUCUUCUCAAAUUACAUCACCACAUAAAACUGCUUCCCUUCAAUUCUCUCUUCUGCUACUGUUGAAGCAUGAUGAAGAAGUUAGCCUUGCAAGAAUCCAUCACUUUCCCAGGAAAACCAACCCAAUACACGGCUGAAUGCUGGUUUGACGAUGCCUGUAUCCUGGAUAUGGACUACUUUGUCAAGACCAUCUCAGGCAUUAAGGCCAAGGGGGUCCGUCCUGACUUAACGGGCUCAAUCAUAGCACAUUAUGCAUCAAAAUGGCUACCUGAGCUAUCCAGCGACGGCACCGAAAAGGGUCCUACGAAUUUUGAAGAAUCAUCACCCGAGAGUGUCACGGCUUCAUGGAUGAAAAAGAGAUUCUUUGUGGAAACCUUGGUUGGAAUUCUGCCUCCUGAGAGAGAUUCCAUUCCAUGCAGCUUCCUCUUACGCCUUCUCCGGACAGCCAACAUGGUCGGCGUAGAGGCUACCUACAGAGCAGAGCUCGAGAAUAGAAUUUCAUGGCAGCUUGACCAAGCUUCACUGAAAGAGCUCAUGAUUCCAUCGUUCAGUCACACUUGUGGAACUCUGUUAGAUGUCGAGCUUGUUAUAAGGUUGGUUAAGAGAUUUGCUAGACUGGAUGAAGGAGCUAGAAGUGGGGUUGCCUUGGUUAAAGUAGCAAAGCUUGUGGAUUGCUACUUAGCAGAAGCGGCUCUGGACACCAAUUUGAGUUUGGAUGAGUUUAUUGCACUUGCUGCAGCUCUUCCUAGCCAUGCCCGUGCCAUGGAUGAUGGCCUGUACCGUGCCAUUGACACUUACCUGAAAGCACAUCCUGGUGUCUCAAAGCAAGAAAGGAAGGUUCUUUGCAGAUUAAUAGACGGGCGAAAACUCUCACCAGAAGCAUCCCUCCACGCUGCUCAAAAUGAACGUUUACCUGUUCGAGCUGUAAUUCAAGUGCUACUCUCCGAACAAACCAAGCUCAAUCGACAUAUAGAUUGGAGUGGCUCGUUUAGUGGAACAAGGAGUCCAAACCCAGGACUUGAACCCCCAGUUCGGUGCCUGUCUAAACGUGAAAUGAAUGCUCAACAAAUGGAGAUAAAGAAGCUGAAAGAGGACCUGCUCAGGGUCCAAAGCCAAUGCAUUGCCAUGCAAAUGCAAAUGGAGAAAAUAUUGGAUAAGAAGAAAGGGUUUUUCAGGUGGAGGAAGCUUGGAAUCAUGCCUUCGUUUAAGAGUACGAUGAGUGUUUUUGACAAAAUUGAAGAAGGAGAACGAGAGGAUACUUUUGCGAGGCAAACGCCCAUGGAUAUGAAAGCAAAGCUUGUUCGGGGUAGGACUCCUCCCAAGUGGAGAAAAUCCAUGUCUUGAAAAAGGGAGUAGGAUUCCACAUUAAUUUGCUGCUAAAUUUUAUGUAGUUAUAAUAUGUUCAUUUUCUAUGUCUGUUCAUGUUGUUGUAUUAUUCUGAUUAGCUAAGAAAUAAUGUAGGGUUUGAAUAAGAUUUGUACUAUAAUGUAUAUGUAGUUGGAUUCAAUAAAAGCCUAUCUUAGGGAUAACAUUAACAACACCAUCAUUCUUAUAUGUAGUAAUCAUGUCAUCUGACAUCUUAUAUUCUUGAAAAUAAUUUAAC